AUGGAGUCGGAGAGCUCGAACGGGUACAAGCGGAACUCAAUGCACCAGGGAGCUUACAGCCGUCCGGUGGAACGUAGGCCGAGCAAGAAGUCGUCCUCCAAAGACCGCCACGGCAUGGUAUACCCGGACAGCUUCAGGGAAACAACCAUUCGGACCGUGACCCCUGACUCCUCGGAAGCUGGGAACAAUUCGCCUGUAUCGGAGACGGAGCCUCUUCCUUCCAGUGCUGCACCUUCACCGCGUACCGCCGCUCGAAUAAGAGGCCCUGAGCGAGAAUCUCGACGCGACUAUAACCUGUAUUACUCCACAGGGGAUGAAGAUGACACACAUUUGGAACUGAGGAGCCAGCGGGCCCGAUCCCGCACUACAACCCUGGACGACCAACGAAGCGAUAUAUCGUCAAGUUCCUUUCUUGCUCGUACGCGAAAUCGCCUGGGCUCUAUCAACACAACUCCUCAGCCUAAGAAUGCGGAGGAUCAAUCGGCAUCUUCUAUCGGUUUCCCGUCUAUACAAUCUCCCGUAUUCUCUCCCCGAACCCCCAGCCGUCCACGGUUGAGCAGGUCUCCUGGAAGCUCGGGAUUAGAGUCUUCGUCUUUGUUAAAUACGGAUAGCUCCAAAAUAUUGCAGCUUAUGAAGACCACAUGCGGAAGAAUGCAUGGCAUUCUCUCUUUCCGAACAUCAUCCACCACUGCUUGGUCUUCAGGUUACUGUGCUAUCAAUGUCGCAAUGGGCAGUCUGAUUUACCAAGCGAAAGGCGAGCCAGCUCUGGCAAAGACGCUGAUCCCGGACUUACGUGGUUGCCAAGUUCGUUCUCUUGUGGAUCCAGAAACGCGAACGAAUUAUCUCAGUGUUUCUACCUUCACAUCAGGUCUUGGAGUUGAAUUGCGACCUCACGUGAGUGAGACAUUCGACUCCUGGCUCGCGGCCCUACUAUGCUGGCAGCCAAUACGCCCCAAGGGCGUGCAAAAUAAGAUGACGAAGCCGCAGUCUGUUACGAUGAUCGACCGUCGCGUGGUUGACCGUCGGAGGAACUCUGAAAGUACUGUUCAAAAAGACGCCGCCAUCAUAAAAGUAGGGAAAAUGCUUCUUUGGGAUAGGCCUAGUGCCUCAGGUGUUCGACCGUCUUCUGGUCGUCGGAUCUCAACUUUCCGGCAGCAGCGCGCUCUAUCCUCGUCCUGGCAAAAGGUGAGCUGCACGCUGCAGGAGAAUGGCGCUUUUCGACUUUUCACCGAGUCCGACAUCACGCUCGUGACCUGCAUCCAAUUGUCUCAGCUGUCACGCUGCGCAAUCCAGAAAUUAGAAUCUUCUGUCUUGGAAGAUGAAUUUUGCAUAGCGAUAUACCCGCAAUACGCAGUGCAUUCUGUGUCCGGAUUGACCCGCCCGCUUUAUCUCGCGUUAGAGUCUCGAGUACUCUUCGAAGUGUGGUUUGUGCUGCUGCGGGCCUUUACCACACCGGAACUGUAUGGCCCGGCGAAUCCGCCCGAGGAUGACACUGUAAAGACACCAGGCUCAGUUGACUCUGGCAAUGCCAACACAACAUCCCUUACCGAUAUGUUCCGAAUCGAGAGGAUGCUAACCGUCAAGGUAACUGAAGCGAAGAUGUUCGGUAAUAAAGGCGUCGAUGAGACGCCUAGGAGUCGUAAACAGUCGCGGUCUCACUUUAAUGCGGCCGCGGCAUCCGCAACCAACGAUUACUACACGGAGGUCCUUCUAGAUGGCGAGAUUCGGGCGAGAACGGCUGUAAAGUACCGUACAUCCAAUCCCUUCUGGCGAGAAGAGUUUACUUUCAACGAUCUUCCGCCGGUUCUGUCUCAGGUUUCCAUAAUGGUGAAAACUCUCAACCCAGCACAACGUGAUUGGUCGUUAGUGGCGCAUGGUACAUAUGCUUUGAGCCAGGACACAAAUCCAACGCGUCUAUUGGAUGAUGUUGAGGUAUCUUCUCAAGACGCCAUGUGUGGAAGGGUGGAUAUCCGACUCGACGACCUAGAACCAGGUACGGAAACCGAAAAGUGGUGGCCGAUUCUGGACGAUAGAGAUCAAUGUGUCGGCGAGAUGUUGAUGAAAGCUCGGAUGGAGGAGACAGUUGUGCUCAUGUCUCAGGAGUACGCACCAAUGUCCGAAAUUCUCCACUCGUUUGGUAACGGCCUCACUGUCAACAUGGCUCAGAUUAUGUCUUCGGAAUUGAAUCAGCUGUCUGAAGCACUUAUAAAUAUUUAUCAAGUGUCAGGGUCGACGGUCGAAUGGAUAUCCGCGCUCGUUGAAGAUGAGAUUGAUGGUAUUCACAAGGAGUCCACGGCCAACAGACUUCGGUAUACAUCGCGGCUCCAUUCCAACGACACCAGAGAGCACGGUCAAGAUAGAGAGGUCCUAGUUCGCGAUCUAGGACGCACUGCAACCCUAGAAGCAAAUCUCCUUUUCCGAGGAAACUCGCUUCUCACCAAAGCUCUUGAUUUCCACAUGCGUCGGCUGGGCAAGGAAUACCUAGAAGAAACGAUUGGUGAACGUCUUUACGAAAUCGAUGAAACCGAUCCUGAAUGCGAAGUUGAUCCGUCUCGGAUACAUCGGGCAGACGAUCUCGAGCGCAACUGGAAAAAUCUGGUCAGCCUUACUACGAGUGUUUGGAAGUCCAUAGCUAGUUCAGCCUCACGAUGCCCGGCGGAGUUAAGACUUAUUUUUCGACACAUUCGAGCUUGUGCUGAUGACCGUUAUGGCGAUUUCCUCCGCUCAGUCACGUACAGCAGUGUAUCUGGAUUCCUCUUCUUGCGGUUCUUUUGUCCGGCAAUCCUGAAUCCGAAACUGUUCGGACUGUUGAAAGAUCAUCCCCGACCGCGCGCCCAACGCACCCUAACACUGAUUGCCAAAGCCCUACAGGGCCUAGCCAACAUGACAACAUUCGGAAGCAAAGAGCCGUGGAUGGAGCCGAUGAACAAAUUCCUUAACAGCAACCGGAAUGAGUUCAAGACAUUUGUCGACUCCAUUUGUGCAAUCCCGGCCGAUCGCCCGACUCCCAUCGUCACGCCAUCCUAUGCCACUCCCAUCCAGAUUCUCGGUCGUCUUCCGCCACCGUCGCGCGAGGGAUUCCCCAGCCUUCCUUUCCUGAUCGACCAUGCACGAAGCUUCGCCAAUCUGAUCAGAAUAUGGCUAGAAGUUGCGCCAGGCAGACUUUCACAACUGGAAGAAUUAGACCCUGCAGUUAUGAAAUUCCAUGAGAUUGCUAUCCGCUUACAACAGAGAACUAAAGAAUGCUUAAGCAGGGCGGAGUUGGCGGAGCGUCCCAGCGGCAACCUCGAAGUUAAGUGGGAAGAAUUGGUUGAUUCUCUGGAGCGUUCUGUGACACUUUACGAAGAAAGCUCAUCCAAACCUGCUACUCCGGCCGCGGCGCCUUCUUCAGCGCCCAUCUCCGAAACCGUUGUGCCAUCAGCGGCGUCUUUUACCGGAAGCCACCGCAACUCCAUCGGAUACUUUGCCUCUCGGCCGUCCCUCCCGCGGCGUUCAACUGAUUAUGCUCCUGAAGCCGAUGAGGAGACCCCUCCGAGUUCCUCUUCUGCCACUUGGGACCAGAGCCGAGUACCUUUUUCAAUACCAAGGUGGUCUGAACCUCGGGAUAGCACGGGGAGCUCAAAAAACUCUUCAACAUAUUCACUUGAAUUUCCCGAUGCUGCCAAGUCCCGUAGGUCUAGUAUGACUAGGGAGACAACGAGUAAAUACCGGAAUUUCUUCGAUUUCGUGCCUGCACCCUCCAGGCGCAAGGGCAAAGACCGCGAUGCCAACCAGCAGCAGUCACGCGAAGAGCUACGGAAUGAAUUCUGA